UUCAGGCUUCAACAAUCUUCCCAUAGACAGAGAAGAGAUGGGUUCAGCCACAACCCAAAGAUUGAUUCCUUUCGCAGCAACCCUGAUCUACCUAAUCCUGAUACAUUCAACUCCAGCCAGCUCCUCCCUGGAGAACCGAACAGCUUAUGAGGUUCUUGAGGACUACAACUUCCCAGUCGGCCUUCUUCCCAAAGGGGUCAAAGGCUAUGACCUCAACAUCACUACAGGUUACAUAUCAAAUGGCAAGCUAUCUACCUUGGAGGGUAUUUAUGUCAGGGUGUUCUUCAUGUGGAUGCAGAUAGUAGAGAUCCUCCGGUACGGGGAUGAACUUUUUUUCUCUGUGGGAGUUUUGUUCUCCGUAUUUCCCAUCGACUACUUUGAAGAAAGUCCUCAAUGUGGAUGUGGCUUCCAAUGUGGCGGUGGGCAAGUAAGGAUGCCUAGAAUAAACCCUUUCGUUUCUCCUUACGAAGGGAGUUGAAGACAAACAUUUUGGAGUAUUUAGAAGCUUAGCCGCUGCUCUAUACCUUGUACUGGAAAUCUAAGCCAUCCAGAGUUGGAUGCUGGAUGGCAACACAAGUUUCAAUAGUGAAGACUAUCUAUAGGUUUAGCAUUGAUGGAAGAAAAGUGGGGAGCGAGAUGUAAACAAAAUGAUGUUUUUUAUUCACAUAUAUAAGUUAUUUAAAAGUUUGGUUGAUUUGCUUU